GAGUUUGUUUAUCGAACGAGAUGAGUUUGUCGAGUUGCAGUUGUCGUGUCUGUUUACUUCAUAUACAUUCUAUAUCGAAGAAUGUGUUGUCAUUUUUGAGUGAUAUUAAUCAAGUGCGAUGACAGUUAUAAAUGAACGAACCUUGCGUCACCGACAUAUAUUGCUUUUCAUUUUGAUAUGUAUAUUCGUAAUUGCUGUUCUUGGUGUAACUGUUUCAAUUUUAAUUAUUCACCCGCCUCAAACUGAUGAAGAUGAUGAUACUAUUAGAAAAAAUAUAUUGUUUAUUGUUGUGGAUGAUUUAAGGCCAGCUUUAGGAUGUUAUGGAGAUAAAAACGCAAUCACUCCCAAUAUAGAUUUCCUUGCUUCUAAAAGUGUCAUAUUCAAGAAUGCUUAUGCACAGCAAGCAUUGUGUUCUGCCAGUCGCAUUUCAUUCUUGACCAGUCGUAGACCUGACACACUACAUUUGUAUGAUGAUGGAAGUUAUUGGCGUGAUACUGUUGGCAAUUUCACAACUAUACCUCAACUGUUCAAGCACAAUGGCUAUGAGACUAUCAGCAUCGGGAAAAUAUUCCAGCAUGGGAGUGUCUCCAAUUUCACAGAUGAUUAUCCUUACAGUUGGACGGAAUAUCCCUAUCAACCACCCACACAAGAACAUGAAAUGAAACCAGUGUGUACAUCAACUGAUGGGGAGAACCGUAUGAACUUAUUAUGUCCUGUGGAAGUGGAAAGUCAACAUGGAAAAACUCUUCCUGAUAUUGAGAAUGUCAAUUAUGCUAUUCAAUACUUGAAAAAUAAAAGCAUGAGUAUAAAUAGGUCCACGCCUUUCUUUCUUGGAGUUGGUUUUUAUAAACCUCAUAUACCGUUCAAAUUUCCCAAGGAGUAUCUAGAUUUGUACCCAAUUGAUUCGAUGGGUUUAGCCCCUAAUAACACAAUUCCUCCCGAAAUGCAUAAUGUAUCUUGGAAUCCAUGGAUGGAUAUUCGAGAAAUGGAUGAUGUGAAGAAUCUAAGUGUAAACUUUCCAUAUGGUCCUUUGCCAACCGAUUUUCAGAAAUUUGCUCGUCAAGGAUAUUAUGCUUCUGUGUCCUACAUGGAUGACCAAUUAGGGAGGUUGCUGGAAGUGCUUGAAGAAACUGGAUAUGUAAAAAACACUGCAAUUAUGUUACUUGGAGAUCAUGGUUGGUCUCUUGGAGAACAUCAAGAAUGGUCCAAAUAUAGCAAUUAUGAAGUUUCUCUGAAAGUGCCACUCAUAGUUCAUGUGCCAGAUCUCACGGAAGCCCUAAAUAAGCGCAAGCCUUUCAAACACAUUUCUGUUCUUGAUUUGAUAGGAAAGAGCAUUGCAAUACCAACUCCAAAAUAUGUAUCUGAAAAUUUGAUUGAGCUUGUUGAUGUUUUCCCUACCUUAUCGGAAAUAGCUAACAUUGCUAUUCCUCCUUUAUGCAGAAUUUUCACUUCUGAUUUCUGUUCAGAAGGAAUCAGCUUCUACCCGGUGAUUCAACAUUUAGUUUAUGACCCUUGGGUCGAGCUUUUAUGGAAAACGGCUGCAUUUAGUCAGUAUCCAAGACCCGCAAUCAAUCCCCGCAGUGAUUCCGAUCAACCAAAGUUGAAAGACAUUAUUAUUAUGGGUUAUUCUAUCAGAACAGAACAGUUUCGGUACACAGAAUGGGUGAAAUUCGAUAACCAAGCUUUUAAACCAAACAGAGCUGCUAUUAUAUCAACAGAGCUGUAUGAUCAUAGGACAGAUUCUUUUGAGUUUCUCAAUCUCUCAAAUGAUACAUUGCAUCAAAAUGUUGUAAUGGAGUUAUCCCUGAAAAUCAAAAAAGGAUGGCGGCAUGCUUUGCCGCCUGGUCUUUUUGACACUCCUAAAAAUGUUGUUCCUACUACCUCUAUCACAAAGAAAUGAAGAUAGAUUUACCACACUACCACAAUUUUUUUAAAUGGAACAUCAUCAGUGUUUUUAUAUUUCGAUGAUGUGCUAUUUUGUAAUUUUUACUGAAAUUUUUUUUAGAAAGGGUUUUUAAGCUACAUUUUAAAGUUAAGUGAAUUUGUUAUUUACUACCUUUAUGUGUGUAUGAAUAGCAUAUAUACUUGGCUCUUGUACAGCCACAUAAGACUUACCGUAUUAUCCGGCAGGCCACGAAAUUCGGGGGUCACCAGAUUUUCAAUAACACUCGUCUGGUCUUUUCCGACAUGCCGGAAAAAUCGAGGUUAGGAAAAAAAAUUAAUACUAUAAAAAAUAUAUGUUCAGCUUGAAAAUGAAUAUAAGUUCAAUAAAUAAUGCAUAUCUUAUUAGUAUUAAUAAACAGUUUAAAUUUUGUAGAAAUAUUUACUAACAAUGUCAUUUAUUAUUUUUAAGGAAAAAUAUUGUUUAAUAGCCAAUAAUUUUAUAAAAAUUAAAUUAAAACUAAGUCAGAAAACAUUUAAGCCGUAAGUUACCUCCCCUAAACCAGUGCUAAAGAAUUUACCAUAGCUAUUCAACAAAUAAAAAUUAAAUUUAUUUCUCUAAAAGGAACCUAAAAUAAUUUAUUUAAAAUUAUUAGGAACAAAUCGCAGUAACAAUGAUUGCUUCUGAAUUGAUUACAUUAUUGGCAUAUAAUUAAAUCCAUUAAUAAUGACUUACCAUAAAUAACAAGCACAUAUUAUAUGCAAUACACAUUUUUUUUUUAAGAAAGUUACUUUCAGGAUUUAUUUAUUUUUUUCCUCACAGUGGUUUGCUUUCCAUUUAGAACUGAAUGGUGAACUUUACUUUUGUUUUGUUGCAAAAUAAACCUUGAAUUAUCCGGCAUGCCGGAAAAUUCGAAUUUCCCGGCGUGCUGGUCAAUCUCGCUUUUUUCCGGCAUGCCCGGAUAAUGCUGGGUAAUAAGGUAAUAUUGCUGAUAUUUUCUGUUAUAACUUAAGAAAAGUAAGAAAUAGUCAUGAUGAGGGACAAGAGCCAAGGAAAGUGCCUUUUCAGCUAGAUCUCCCCCCCCCCCCGCAUAAAAUUUAUAAAAGUUAUACUGCUCUAGUUCCGAGGCGGGCCACAAAAUGGUUGGGCCCCUAGUUUUUGAAUAGGCUGACAUAGCCUCUCCUUUGGUCCUGGUUGUGUUAAUAACUUAUAAGAGCUUCUAAGUAAUCCAUGUGAUGCAUCUAAGUAAUAGAUUUUGAUUUGCAUGUUGUGUAUAAUGCAGGUGAUGCAUUUUGUUAUUGCAAUAGUAAUCUUGAAAAAUUGAGUUUCUUUUUUAUAUAAUUGUUUCUUGAAGACUGUUGCUUAUUGUAUCAGGGAUGACGUGUAGAAAAAUUUUAUUUUCUAUCUUAAGUUAUUCUCUUUUUUUUUUCUGAUAGAAUCAUAAAAUUUCCAGUAAAAUACUUAGAUUUGUGAAUAGCAUAACUUAGACCUGUAAGAAGACCAAACUAAAAAGAAAAUAAAGAAAAA